ACUAUUGAGAAUAUUGUCUACCACUUCUUGUAGCGUUCUCUUCUGGUCUCCUUAUUCCAUGGUGUCUUUGACCAACUUUACUUCAACUCUUCUUACCAGUAUUCCUGUCCAUACCAUUUCAACCUUGUACAAAUGUAGUUACGAGUCAGUGUGCGAGUAUGCAUUUUAUGCAAAUGACGUUAUUCAGCCAUUUUGAGAUCAGUGACAGACGUUUGAACGAUGUUAUUUAGCCAGGAGUGUUUGUUUUAUUUCUAGCUAUCAAUGCCAUGUUGUUUGGGUGUGUUUUAAAAUGGUUCUACGACGAAAUUGAAUAGUUUACUGCGUUUUUUUGACAUUUGGAGGACGAGAAUUGACGUGUGUCUCUAGUUCGAAGCCUUUCCACGGCUAAUAUGUCGGGGGACACAACGCAAACAGCGACUACGGUAAAAGGGGCGCCAACGAAAUAUGUGAAGUUGAAUGUUGGUGGCUCGUUACACUAUGUUACUCUGGGAACGUUGACAAAACAAGAUAACAUGCUUCGAGCUAUGUUCAGUGGCCGAAUGGAGGUUUUGACGGAUACGGAAGGGUGGAUUCUUAUUGAUCGCUCGGGGAAACACUUUGGAGGCAUUCUCAAUUUUCUCCGAGAUGGGACGUUGUCCCUACCAGACACCCGUCAAGAGCUGGAAGAGUUGUUGGCCGAAGCUAAGUUUUACUUGAUUGAAGAUCUUGUAACGCAGUGCGAGGAAGCAUUAAAGAAAAAAGAUGAUGAGGUUCUGCCAUGUUGCAUUGUACGGCUGGCAACCUCUGUAAAACAAGAGAAAUUAUUAGUCAGUCAAAGUGAUAAGCCCGUGGUUAAAUUCUUAUACAACAGAUCCAAUAACAAGUAUUCAUACACAAGUCACUCGGAUGACAAUCUUCUAAAGAACAUUGAACUUUUCGAUAAACUUUCCUUGCGUUUUCACGAGCGCAUUCUUUUCAUAAAAAAUGUUAUUGGAGGUGGUGAAAUAUGCUGUUGGACUUACUACGGAAACGGGAAAAAAGUUGCGGAAAUAUGUUGCACUUCCAUAGUCUAUGCAACUGAAAGAAAGCAUACAAAGGUUGAAUUUCCAGAAGCGAGAAUAUAUGAGGAAACAUUGAAUGUUCUAUUGUAUGAAAAAGUUGGCAACAGUCAGCCUGAUGCAGAAUUAUUGCGGGCAUUAGGAACUACUCAUGUUGUGGACGACGAAGAGGAUGGGCCUGUUCGCAGGCACAGAAGUGGAGCGGGGGAAUAGAGUUAUAUCUAGAUACAUAUAUGAUUAUAUAAUUAUAUUUAGACAAUGUUUA